UUUACAUUCAGCGUAGUUCCGCGCUGUUUUCGCCAUGUGAUUACGUUGUGCAUCGUUGAGACCAGUGCGUUGAACGUUAAACGUUCAGAUGACACUUUGUGAACCGUGCUAGAACAACCUCAAGUCGUCCUGUGCUGAAAGAGAUGUCAUAGUGCAAGCGCGUUUGACCACAGCUGAGCCAGGAUACAGUGAGCCGGAACAACGAAUUAUGUCUGAAGCCGUUAGCUUCGACAUUGUGGAAGACGCUACCGCGUCCAAUGAAAACAUCAGAGUACUGCGCGCAAGCUUCGAUAAUGCGGAUGACGCCGAAGCAUGGAUGAAAAAGUACAGUGCGGAGUCGCGCACGUCUUGGAUACUCAACAGUGUUCAUCGCUAUGGCACCAGGAUGGUUUACCACAACAUAUGGGAGUGUCAUCUCAGCCAUCGAAACAAAAGUCGCCUCACCUGCCUCAAGAAACCAGCCUGCCCUGCUAAACUGAGCAUCAAGAUAAAGAAGGUGAACCGAGACACCAAAAGGAAUGACUCGUACCUCCGGUUACAUCCUCCACUUCCAGCCGUCAUCAGACUCAUUUCCAAGCACAAUCACAAGACGGACUGUGCCGACGCACCCAUGUCAACGCGCCCAACACCAGAGGCCAGGCUCAAGUUUGAAGGCUAUUUCGAAUUGGGCAUGAAUCCGUCUGAAGCGAAGCGGCACAACCAGCGGCUUCUUCUCGCGGCGGGGGAGAGUGGCGCCGAUGGGCCUAUGAAUCCCAAGCUCUCUAUCCUGUACAUCUGGUUCAAACAAUGGCGGUCAAACAAAUAUGGAUCACCAGAGAAUCCUUUGCCAAAGUUGAUUGAAAAAGCCGCUACUUAUGCGAGUAGCGGGGCUGACAUAAAAUUGAGUGGCACAAGUGAUUCAUGGGCGGUUCUACUACUGACGCCAAUCAUGCAUCGCGCUCAGCAGCUCAAGUCCUCCAGCAACUUGAUCUUUGUGGACACGGUGACGUCGUGCGAUGCAACGAAAAGCAUGGUUACCUUUUUUCUGACGGCCACAAAAGCUGGGGCCGUGCCGAUUGCCGCGUUUAUUCACAAAGAACAAGACGCCGGAGGAUACCUAAAGGCCUUUGACUUGCUGAAAACAGACUAUCCGUUGUGCUUUGGGAACCAGCAGCAUCCUGCAGCCUUCAUAACCGACAGUUCUGUGCCACUCAAGACAGCUCUUCUUCGAACCUGGCCUGCCGCCAGGCAGCUGCUGUGCCACAUUCGUGUCCUGCAGGCCGAGUGGCGCCGACUCAACAGCAGUGGAAAUGCAAUGGAUGUGCCUAAGCGAGACCACGCCCAGCUUUUUUCUUUGUUUCGCAAGGUCCUAAAUGCUAAGUCACACGAAGAACUCACACGAGCCAAGGAGGAGCUGUGUCGAUGCAACCAUAAAGUCUACAUGGAGCAGCUUCGGGCUUUCUUCGCUCGUGAAAGGGAGUGGUCACUUCCAAGUCGUGUCAAUCUCACUGCAGAGAACUGGGAUGUGGCUGCCUAUUCUGAAGUCUCCGUACGGAUCCUCAAGGACGUCCUUCUGAGCAAAAUGCUGCUAUAUAAUGCAGUGGCAUUACUGGACUUUAUUGCCACCGAGUGUGAGGCAUACUUGAAAGCAAGGAUUCUGCAGCAUAGCCGCCCCAUCUCCUAUGCCGACCACCAGUGGGGAGGCUCUUGUUUGACAAGCCUUGAAAGGCUUCUUAGCAGCCAGACGACGGGUGCUUCCCUGGGCAGGUCGGUCAUUCACAAGGAUGGUGAAAACGAGUUCUCCUUCAGGAAUGUCCACAACCGCAGAGAAUGCACGAUACACUAUGACAUGGGCCUCUGCACCUGCUGGCCAGGCAUCCAGGGUGGCUUUUGCAAACACCAAGCGUUUCUUGUGCACGAGUAUAAGCUGCCUUUUCCUUGUACGCCAGAGCUGACGACCGAAGAGUGUGAGGAACUUGUGACACUUGCAAUUGGCAGAAAAUCUCGGUCUCCCAUCUUCUUGCCAAACCAACAGACGUGCAACUUGCAUUGUGUAUCAAAUGACGGGGAAGAAAACGUUUUGGUGCUGCUUGACCACGAUUACUUCAAGGCCUGUGAGGAUGCUGGAGAUUCCAACUCGCAUUUGCCUGAACAGGAAGUGCAGGAGUCCCCCUGUGUGGAGAUUCCACAGGCUGAAGCACCUGUCUCUGAGGAAGAAAGUUACCAGGCUCUAGUCUCGACGCUGAGGCAAGUCCACGAGCUGGCCAAGGACGUUCCUGGCUACGUGGGUCUUGUGGACAGAAUCGUCAUGGAAGUGAAAGAACUGACCACUAGCCAUGCAGCAUACGGCUUCUUGUUGCGGCUAGAUGCAUCAGCCACUGCAGAAAGGCGGCGGGUAUUGGCACCACCAAUCAAGCGUCCCAGAAGGCGACUUCGCACUCCAGUGCGAAGCAAGACAUCCACACCUUCAAUCGAACCGCUCUAGUUGCCAGUGCUUUCGUCGGAAGUUUUGUCAACGUGGCCAUGUCUAGUGACUGGUGGACCAUACUUACUUCGACGAGUUGUGCUAUUGUUGUGACUGGUGUGAAUUUGCUCAGCUAGAAACUGUUUAAACCCUUCUUUGAGGGUAAGUCAUGGAAGUUGAUGAUUUGUACCUGCGUGUUGCAGAAAGCCGAGUUUGCUGCGAGAUAAAGAAGGUAUUUAAGAAGAAA